CACUAUUGCACAAACAGCUUAAGCAGCAAUGGAAGCUAGGUUGUCUUCAUUGAUCGUACUUGUUGGCAUGUAUGUCCUCCUUUACAGAGGCUACUGCACAAUGUCAGUAAAGGAAUCAUUAACGAGCUUUAUGGGUGGAACCAUUCUCAGUUACUUUGUUGACGUUAAUAAAUGUCAUCAAUACUUGGAUCCCAGCGUAAACGUGACGUCUUUCUAUGGGAGAGAAACAGGAGCAUAUAUUGUGUAUUUCAACCAUAAAAGAUGGUAUUUUUAUCUGCCGACUGAGAAUUACGUUGAUGGGAAGCAAUUUAAUCUGUCAGCACCUGUCAUUCGAUUAAUGGGAACUUUCAUAACUCCAUCUGGCAAGAUCACGGUCAAUGUGAAUGACAUCAACUCUGAUGGCUCUAUACUAACAACUGGUUAUCUAGAAUGUCCUGGAAAUGACGAAAAACCUGGAAUCGAAAUACUUGCGGAUCACAGGAAUAAAACAUCGUUGGACACGGUGUCAUCAGUUAAGACAGUCUUAAACUCAGCACUUGAACUGUCAUUUGCUGUCAACUUCAGCGACUGCACACCACCAGAACACAUGGAGGCAUAUAUGAUUCUUGGGGGAGUCAUCAAAGAUAUCCAAGAAGAUGGUCUUGGUGGUUAUACAUUCACUCAAAUGACACUUGCCCCAGGAUCGAGUUUAUUGAUUGCUGUCAGAAUACUAAGCACAGGGGAGGUGAUAGUUGGUCCAGUGGAUGAUACGGACGGUGGGGCUGGCGGCAAGCCCUACCCCAGGCACUGUAUUCUUGGAAAGACCUUCAAAUUAUACGCUCAAUGAACCGUUGUUUUGAAAGAAAGUGGCGAACGUUUGUCAUUUCUUAUGAAGAUGAUCAUUGUGUUUCAUAAGCGAA